CUCAAACUUUUCUUCCUGCUGUCGGAGUGGUCCGUGGAGGAGACUCAGUGCCAGCUAUCAACACAAAAACCAAAUCUGUCUCUCCCGCUUCACGUUAACUCUCUGUUCCUGCUUCCAUUUCGACGGAGCGACGCUUUAAAGCGGAAAGAACAGACUUUUUCUCCUCUCUCCACGCAGACGCAAAUACCCCACAGCAAACAUGUUCGAGGCUCGCCUGGUGCAGGGCUCCAUCCUGAAGAAGGUGCUGGAGGCUCUUAAAGAUCUGAUCACAGAAGCCUGCUGGGAUGUUAGCUCGUCAGGCAUCUCGCUCCAGAGCAUGGACUCCUCUCAUGUCUCCCUGGUGCAGCUCACUCUGCGGCAUGAUGGCUUCGACUCUUACCGCUGCGAUAGAAAUUUGGCCAUGGGGGUCAACCUCAGCAGUAUGUCGAAGAUCCUGAAGUGUGCAGGAAAUGAAGACAUCAUCACCCUCAGAGCAGAAGAUAAUGCAGAUACACUGGCCCUUGUGUUUGAGACCCUCAAUCAGGAGAAGGUCUCUGAUUAUGAGAUGAAGCUGAUGGACCUGGAUGUUGAACAGCUUGGGAUUCCAGAACAGGAGUACAGUUGUGUGGUAAAGAUGCCCUCUGGCGAGUUUGCCCGCAUCUGCCGUGACCUGUCUCAGAUUGGCGACGCUGUCAUGAUCUCCUGUGCUAAAGAUGGAGUGAAGUUCUCAGCUACUGGAGAACUGGGUACCGGAAACGUCAAGCUGUCACAGACCAGCAAUGUGGACAAAGAGGAUGAGGCUGUAACAAUUGAAAUGAAUGAGCCGGUCCAGCUGAUCUUUGCCCUGAACUACCUGAACUUCUUCACAAAGGCCACACCCUUGUCCAAGACUGUCACCCUCAGUAUGUCUGCCGAUAUCCCCCUCGUGGUUGAGUACAAGAUUGCUGAUAUGGGACACGUCAAAUACUACCUAGCCCCCAAGAUUGAUGAGGAGGCUUCCUAAUCUGUCUACAUGAAUCCAAAAAGGGAGAAACGGGAGAAGAUGACUGGGACUCCCCCUGAAUGAUGGAAGGACAGAAAUGAUCUUGUUUUUAUCAUCGUGCACUAAAGGUCAGCAGCCGUGUGAGGUGAUCAUCACAGCGGCUGGUUUUUGUCCUGAUGUCCCCCAGCGUUUAAAUUCCAGCACUUGUUCAUCUGUUCUCGUUUCGCUCUUGUGUUGGAUGGGAAACCCAAUUUUCAAGUUCUUUUGUAGAUAACACACAUGUAAAUAAGUCCUACAGUUUUCUUGCUGUCGGUCAACUCCGGAUGUUUUUGUAUGAAUAAAAUCGGUCCAAAAUAAAA